AUGCACGAGAGCUCAGCCAAGAUGGCUCCGAAAACGUUUCUCACCACUGGUUUGAGGCAUCUACCCAAACCCCGCGCCCUGGAGCCUGGCGAAGCCCUAAUCGUUCGAUACAAGAAUUCCUUGCGGCAAUACAAGGCCGACGUGUGGAUUGGAAUUGUGCUCCCAGACAAAUUUGGGCCAAGUCGGCAUGUUAACCGCCGCCCUGUUGGCGCACAGCCCACUGAGGGUGCUUGGGUGACGCACCUGAAAGACCGGAUGUACUCCAUGUAUCUCCCGGGACGCAACAUGUACAAAUGGGCCGGACUCCAGGACCUUUUUGUUCUGAACGAAAAGACGAUCAAUGUUCUGCGUCGUGCCCAAAGAGAACCUGACGCUAAGAUCUGGGACGACCUUUUAGAAAUCGUUCGCACUGAGCCUGGGCUGGAGUUCUGGAAGAACAUGGCUCUCCAGGAACUAGGUACCAAAGGAAAACGAGGCAAAGACCUCCGUCUCAUCCUACCAAGUGGACAUGAGGACCUUUUGUCUGGUGGAGAAAGCCAUUCUGACUCUGAGUCAGAAGAAGAAGAUGUCAAAAAAGAUGAACGUCAAGAAACCCCAUCAGAUCACGUGGAGUCUACUACCCAUGCUGCACUCGGCUCAUCUAAUGCACCAGCAACUAUCAGAUCAUUUUCUGAUUCACGUGCUUCACAGGGAAUUCAGCUCAGACAGUCAAUGGUGUUCCAAGAUGCUAAGCCACCUGGACCUGCAUCUGAAAUGGUGCCUUUUCCAGACAGAGAGAAUUCCAGCACAAAGGCGACCCCGAAAUUCCAUCCACGUCCUCCUCUAAUGUCUCCCAAUUCUUCUCUCCCAGCCUCAUCGACGGUCAUGACGCCACCAGCAGCCAUGGCCCCAAACUCGUUGCCUAAGGCUGAAAAUGAGACAAGUACCAGUCUAGCAGAUGUGGCACCCCAGCAACCUGGUCCAGAUUUCUCCGUCUUUGAUUUGACCCUCAGCCAGGCUCUAAAGCAUGUCAUUUUGAAUCAAAGUGAAACCUUCAAGAUCAAGGAUGUUUUUCUAGGCGCCGUGGCUCUCGAAAGACAGCCCGAAUAUCUACAAAUUCGCGAAUACCUCACCGAUGGAGAAUUCCACCCUCGACUAAUUACCCUGAAGAACUCCGGGUUCUCCCAUCCCACUCCAUUCCCAGCUCUGAAUACCAACGGCAGCACCAUCUUCCGCCUGGUCGGUGACCAGAUGGGAAUUGGUCAGAACUUCAAACUGAACGGGGUGGGCAACAGCCUCGAUUUGGAAAAUGCCAUUCUGGUCCUCGGAAAAGUGUACCUCCAAGCCCGCCGCUUCGGCCUCAUGGAUUUGGUUUAUCGAAUUACAUUCAAGCUGCAAGUAGCUUGGAACUGCUACCCGGAGCUAUACCAAUCCAAACCUCUCCUCGAGGUUGCUUCACUUGCUUUCGCUGGCCGCACUGAAUUUGAUGAGGCUGACUGCGAUUAUCUCCAGUCUUGGCUAAUGCAUUUCAUUUCCGAGGCCUCGGAUUUACUCACAUACAACGCUAGCGAGCAGUACUGGUCGUUGUUGCGGGCCCACCCGAAGCUCCAAGACAAAGUGCUCAAUCUUCGCACGCUGGCUCACGUCAAUAACCCAGAGUUGUAUGCCAAUACCCGCGCGCUCCUCGAGAGCCGCGGUUUGGGAAGCCUGUGA